UGGCUACUCAUAAUUCCAUCUUCUCCCACUCCUCCUCCUCAUAAUCGUCUUCCAAAUGGAGGAAAGGGCGCGGCGCCGGGCCGCUCUCAUCUCUUCCCAUUUCUCCCCGACACCGCCACUUUCCGAAACCAUUUCUCCGGUUUCGGUUUCCAGCUGCUCCUCCAGCUCCGGCGCCGCUCAGAAACAACAGAACGACUGCGUCUUCUGCAAAAUUGUCAGAGGCGACGCUCCGGCAUUGAAGGUAUAUGAAGAUGAUGUAUGCCUUUGUAUUUUAGAUAUAAAUCCCUUGAGCCGGGGGCACUCGUUGAUUAUCCCAAAACUCCAUUUUCCAAAUCUUGAAGCAACUCCACCGUAUGUUGUUGCCGAAAUGUUCUCGAAAGUACCGGUAAUUGGCAAUGCUGUCAUGAAAGCAACUGGAUCUGAUUCAUUCAAUUUGUUAGUUAACAAUGGUGAAGCUGCAGGGCAAGUUAUAUUUCAUACCCACAUUCAUAUAAUUCCCCGUAGAGCAAGGGAUUGCCUAUGGGCUUCUGAGAGUUUGAGACGAAAAGAACUGAAGUUAGACCAUGAAGCUUUGCAACUUGUGUGUAGCAUCCGGGAGAGGUUGCCAUUUUUAGAGGACAGCUUUUUGGACAGCAAGCUGCUAGCUAUGUGCAAAUAUGAGUAAAACAUAUUUCUUGUGCACAAAUAGGAGUAUACUUGUUUUAUGCUGACAAUAAGGCUCAUUCAGUCCUAAAAAAGAAUAAAAUUAGUUGGAGUGAAAGAGUCUUAUUUUUAGAAAAAGACAAUGAUCCUAUUUGAAGGAAAAUGUGUUAUCUUUUAGUCAUAUUUAAAUAAUUUACCCUUUUGUAAUUGUUAAUUUUACGCUUUUGUUCAGCUUCAAUGUAUACCAAAACUUUUUUCCUUUGACCUUUUUGUUCAUAAGAAAUGUAUAAAGUCCUGAAUGUGCAGCCAUGUUUGGAUGCUUGAUUCAUUUUCAUGGUUCUUGCAUUUGUAAUGCAUGUUAU